AUGAAGUGCUUUGGGUUGCGCGAGAAGCGCAACUAUCACUGUAAGAUUGUUCUGCUCGAUGAGACACAACUGAUCCAAGAGAUUCAGGACAGAUCCAGAGGUCAGGAUGUGUUGGAUGUGGUGUGCAAACACCUGAAUCUACUGGAGACCGCGUACUUCGGUCUUCGGUUCAUUGACGCCAAAGGUCAGCCGUGUUGGCUGGACUCGAGCAAGCGUGUGAUGAAGCAAAUGAACCAGGUCAACCCCAUCACUCUCUACUUCAACGUCAAAUUUUACGCAUCAGAUCCGUGCAAAUUGCUCGAAGAGAUCACCCGAUACCAGUUCUUCCUGCAAAUCAAACGAGACAUUCUUCAGUCACGACUUCCCGUCCCUUUUGAUUUGGCGGCUGAACUGCUCGCUUAUGUGGUUCAGUCCGAGUUAGGAGACUUUGACCCCAGAAGUCAUAAAACUGGAUAUAUAUCCGAAUUCAGACUUUUGCCGAACCAGACCAUUGAGUUUGAGACCAAAGCUAAUGAACUGCACAAGAAAUUGGUGGGUCAGGUGCCCUCCACGGCUGAAAUGCACUUUUUGGAUAGAGUUAAAUGGCUUGACUUGUAUGGGGCAGACCUACAUCCUGUCCUCGGAGAGGAUAACAUCGAGUAUUUCAUUGUUGUCGAUAAGAAUAACGAAGAGAAAACAUAUGGCUUUGAAUUGAGCAAUAAGACGGCCAGUAAACAGAUCUGGAAGUGCUGUUUAGAGCACCAGGAGUUCUUCAAAUUGACUCAAAACACGUCUCAGACAAAGACAAAACCCGGUUUAUCGCAAAGAUUUCGAAGCAGUGGUCCUGUAGUUAAGAGAGACGAGAAUCUAAUCGAAAGACCGCCGCCAACAGUGGUAAGAGUUCCGAGCAGACGAUAUCAACGCAGAAUGGGUCAGCCGGACGGUGCAGAUGCCGGUGCUUUAGAAAAGGAUGAGACUUAUAAGGAAAACGGUUAUAUAGAAGUGAAGUCUAGUAUUCCAAUGCCGGCCAUAAACCGCCACAACUCGAGUCCAGCCCUAUAUAAACCCCAUUCCAUGCAUAGGGACACCCAAUCACUAGUGGGCACCUCUUAUAAUACUCGCAGCGAAAGGGGUUUGUUUUCCAACUCCACAAACCCAUCGCCGCGUUCAGUGAGAAGUGCCUCAUAUAUAGCCACCAACUAUGGUAUGACACCAUUCCUCGACUAUAACGCCAACAGUUAUUCACACAUUCGGCGCAACUCUUCGUCAAACGUCUCGAAGUCAAGAAAUUCUAGAUUUUCUGAUAACGAGAGCGAAGUGAGUAAAUGUUCGCGUUCUUCGAGACAUUCGCGUCAUUCUCAACAUCGAUGUCGACAUAGAAGACAGUCUGAAGACAGCGGAACAGAAUCUGAUUCGUCACGAAAGCGCAGACACAGACGAAGACACAAGUAUUCAAAUGCAAACACCAAUUCACACAAAUUAGUGGAUUCUGAGUCUCAGUGGAAAGACCUUCAGAGCAAACAGAAGCAAAUGAGUGAUCAAAUGGACGGACAGUAUAUGCGGCCGAAUGUGGCUCAGAGUGCAGUCGUUCGACACGUUUCCGGUUAUAUAAACUCAGGUCUGGAGAGCGACACCGAAACCACUCGUAACUCAACGUUGAAUCGGAACAAAAAGAAACAGAGAUCCCGAUCCAAGUCUCCCGAUGUUAACAGAAGGGAUAGACUGCCUUCAGAUAUAAAGAAACAUUUUGAGUACCAAUUAGUGGAUCCGCUGUCUAUGACAGAGAACGAGAAGAGAGACAUUAAAUACACGAAAAUAGAAACCGAUAGCCGAUUGUUUAAAAUCCGUUAUUCGCCUUCUGGUAGUAGACAUCGAUAUAAAUUAGAAAGCAUUCCUUUAGAGACCGAAUCG